UGUUGUUAUGAAGGAACGUCAACGUGCGGGAGGACGGAGUGAAUCCCGUUACUGUCCAGCAUGAUGUGAAAAACAACCAAAUACUUUUAAACAUCUGCAGCCAUGGAGUUAAAAUGGGAUGAUGCUCCUGUCCCUAGUCCGGUUGUGUUCUCUAGAGAUGUGUUUGACAAGUUUACUCUUGCGCCCACUAUCCAGGAACUGUAUGCAUUUUUACAAAGUCCUGAUGUAAAAGAUGAAGAGACCAGCGAGAAAAAGCCAGAUGGACCCUCAUUAGAACCAAAGUGUGAGAAAGAAGUUUCAGAGCCCAGCACCAGUAAAAGCAAUGAAUCAGUUGAGCCCAUCUCUGACCGCACACAAUCUCAAGCUGAUGUUAAACUCAACCUUGUAAAGUCUAAUGAGAGUAAGCCUUUCCCUGAACCCAUGAUGCCCUACCCUUGCUUUUCCGCCCUAAACGUAAAGGACCGAAGGGCAUAUCUGGGCAUACUCAAGAAUAAGAUGUAUCAUACAGCUUCAAAGAAUUUGCUGUGUGAGCGUGUGAGGAAUGAGGUGGCAGAUUUUAUGAAGUACUUGCAAGAUGUUUCGAGAGCAUGUGCUAAUGGGUACAACUAUAUGCCCUUGGGUGGCACUCGUUAUUCUGAGGAAUAUUUCACAGCCUGUUUGGAACUUAUGAAGAGCUACCCUCAGGUUUACAGCAUACAAGAAAUUACCGGCUUGACAGGAGGAAAGAUUAUAUGUGACAUCUCUCUCAACUUUGAGAAACAACUUCUUGCAAUGGGUAAAAUAGACAUGAUAGAGAAAAAAAUGAUGCCUGAAAACACCAAGCUUGCUGUUGACUAUGAGACCAUUUCAUCUGUUAUUCCACCAGCUAAGAAAGCUAGCUCUUUACACGCUGCUGUCAGCAGUGACAGUAAUGCAGAAAAACUCAGCGCUACAUACGAGCCACAUGUGUGUUUAUCCAAAGAGGCUUUAAUACGGCUCAUGAACAAUGACUCCAAGUUCAGCGAAGCAUGGGAGCUGCCUGUUUGUGUCAAAAUUAAUCCUAACAGAGGCAACAGUCAGAGCAAGACCGCAUACAUAGAUCCUCCUCUGCUGAUGACCGAGAUGAGCUGGAGAGAGAGAAGUUUGUUGUUUCAUGAAGAGAGUGUGAAAUUGGCACUCAAGAGGACAGUCUCUCGACCCAUAUUUUUCCUCACAUCAGAAGACCUCUCUAAUGAAAUGGACCUACCACCUAUGGAGCAAAGCUCCAGAAAUGUUGUUGCGUUUGAUGAUGCUGGCAUGGAUUUUGAGGUGGAUUUAACAGACCUAGAGUCAUUUGGGGAGUCCUGCAAGCCCAUAAAGAAGGUGAAAGAACAGAAUGAACCAAAAACAGCCUGUACAAAUGCAGCUGAAGCUCCUCCUCAACUUACUUCAAGCCCCAAGAAACUAACAAAUUCUCAAAAUCCAACAAAAGGCAACUCGACUUCCAAAGACAAUCCUGAAGAACCCCAUGAUUCUACAGUGACUGAAAUCCAGGGAGAAUCCUACUUGUCUUUGACUGAUGGAGAAAACGGUGUGCUGGAUGAAAGUGCUGUUUCAGAGGAAGAACUUGUGAAGGGAAGUUCAGAAGAGAAGAUAGGAGUGCUGCCCUCUGUUCAAUGCCCCCCUGCCAAGCGACCAAGAAGAAUGACUACAGAAGACAAGUUAGAUCACAAAUCGGAUUCUGAUGAGGACCGACUGGUUAUAGAUCACAUUGGCACCCCGCAGAGACCCCAAACCCAGAAGGCUGAACCAUCUCUUGAAGUGUCUUCUCCCAACGUACCAGACCCAGCCACAACAAACCCUUUGGACAAAGGAACAAAGAAAGGUGUCAAAAGGCAAAGAAUUUCCGGGGAGUGUGAUCAGCUUGGGCAGAUUUUGCAAAUGCAGGAUGCCAUGUUGAAACCCACUCCGAGCAAGAACCAAGAGCUGCUGAAACCGCAGGUCCCAGAAGACAGACCUACAGAACACAGAACGCACUCGCUGGUCAAACCGUGUGUCGCUUCAUACCUGGAGUCCAAAGAGGGUCUGGGCGAGGACGUCACAAUGUCGACCCCAGUUGUGCUUCUAGCCACUCAGAAAAAACGUCUUCUGAAGAAGGAACUUCAGGCGAGUGCAGAGGAUGAAUUGGACUAUGAUCCUCCAGCAGAGGGCAGCGUUCUUUACAAACUCUACAGUCUGCAGGACAUUCUAUUUAUGGUGCGGAGCAGUGUUCACAUCGCCCACCCGAGACAUGACAGAGAAACCUUCAGGGCUGUUCCAGUACAUGUCUUAACCAAGCUGGAGUAUCAGCUGUGCUACGGAGCCGAGAGUCUGACCCACACAGAGGCCUGUCAGCUGUGGGCCGAGAAACUUCUCCACUCCAGUACCGUGUCUUAUAUAAGUCGCAUUAAUGCACAUACUUCAGAAGUGGCUCAGAUCCAGGAGCUGCAAAAUGACUGGAUUCAGAACAUCACCUGUGACUUCAAGCCAGCUAGAUGUUUAAACAACCUCUACCACUUACUGAAGAAAGUCUCAACGUUACAGGAAGGACGAUACCUGCUGGUCCACAAACCACAAGAGGGAUUUGUGACCAUCUUCAAAGCUAGUGAUGGAGACAAGCCGGCUCGCAGUCUCUACCACCUGCAGAACGUGCACUGUGGACCCCCUGUUGUGUCAACAGGUGUGCCCUGGGUUCCCUUGGACCCCUUGCAUGUGUUGCCAUUCCACCAGAAACACAACAGACCACCCUGCACCUUCCCUCCACGCCCACCCCCUCAGGCAAAAGAUGGGAAAGGGCCACAGCAAGGCCCGGGAACAAAAACUGUCAUCAGACCACCAAAAGAAACCAGCCCAGCAGGAGCAGCUAAUCAGAAUCAAGCACCGAAGAAGAAAAGGAACCGACAGAAAAAGAGAAAGAAAUGGAUGGAGAAGAUGAGGGCCAAGCUGAUGAACGACUUGAAAAAAAGCCAAACCAACGAAAGUGAAAGGACCUCAUCUUGAUGUGUGGACUUGAAUUGUAAAGAACUUAUACAUUGCUGUUUGUACAACUUUCAUUGAUACAUGGAGAAAUGUUUUGUGUAAUUACCCUAUUUGGUACAUUUCUGAAGCACUUAUUAUUACCGGUAAUGUUAUACUAACACAAUAAAAACACUUCAAGCUUGUGAAUGACAAGCAAGGCCAAGAUUUUUUGGUAUAUUUGGAAAGAAUCUUUGCCAGAAUUAAAGCAGGGUAAAGUUUAAAAAUCGUGUUCUUUUUCCAAUUGUUUUUCCAUUAGUUGAACAAAAAUGUUUUAUAAUAUUUGAACCUCUCCAUCAGAUGCCAUUUUUAACUGCAGGCACAAUAUUUUGUAGGAUAUCAUGUUUUCAAACUACGAUGCCUUCAAAUCCUGACGAGUUAAAGCCAGCUUAGUUUAUAGGAUGUUCUGCAAAGGCAGCAUUAGUCAGGUUUCAAAAAUAGCCUACAUCGACCAAUACUUGUUAGCACAUCCAUUGUUUUUAUUGGAUAUAUUGUUACAAUGUAUGCACCACAUCCUGAAAUUCAUUCAUUUCAAAUGAGAAUCCAUGGGCAGAUGUUUCCCAUCUCCAUUUUGUUCUGAGGUUAAAUAAAC